AGAAUCAGAAGGUUACAACGCAUGCGCAAAGACUUACUAACCUUAAACGGAAGUUGCUUCCUGCUAGCUGCACCUCCGUGUCAGAAGACACAAAAAGUCACCCAACGAUGUUGAGUAAAGUGGUUGGUCAGAAAUAUGUGUCCGUGGCUAAGUCGUGGAUUCCCACACUGGCUGUUUGGGGCACAGUGGGCGGCAUAGCUGUGGUCCACUUCACAGACUGGCGAGUCGUUUUGGACUACGUUCCCUACAUCAAUGGCAAGUUCAAGAAGGACGAAUAGUGGCAAUCAGUUUCUUGAUGGAUUCUACACAAAACAAGGACUGCUGUAGCUGCAAUUUUGCAAUGCAUACAACUGCCUGCCAUCACAGCCUGUACUCUUCAUCCCGCUGCUCCAAAAAGGGUUCACAACCACCACCACCAUCAUCAUCAUCGGCUGUAAUGCACUUGGGGUUCAGCAGUUCCACCUCAACUUGGAAAACAUCAGUGGGAAGAAUAUGAACUUUUUUUCCUACUCCGUGUACUUUCAGUUCAGUUAUUUAUUUUGAUGUCUACAUAUGUUGAGGUGCGCUUCAAGCCAAACUGUUGUGGAAGGAAGAGUAACAAAUAAAAAGGAUGUUAGAUAUCA